GGGUGGAGAAAGAACGAGCGACCAUCGAAACGACAAAACGACACGGUGUUCUUGUUCUGUCUUUUCUGCUGCUUAAUUGACUUGCGUUGCUUUACUACUACUCUUUCGCAGGUCGACAAUUCUUUCUGAGGGAAAGAGAGGAAAGAGGCAGUUUGAGAUAUUUUUGGGUGGAGAAGAGGACAUUUGGAGCUUGCUUUGGGAACGGCGACUUUUUUUUUGGACGAGAGUAGAACAACAAGAGAGAGGGAGAGAGACAGAAUAUGGCAGCGCCUGUAGAUCCGGCGACGAGGAAGAAGGUGUUGAGGGUGGUGUUUAUAUCUCUGCUGCUAGACUUGAUUAGCUUCACGUUUAUAUUACCUCUUUUCCCGUCGCUGCUGGCAUACUAUAGGGAUCUCGAAGCACCAAUCCAGUUCAGUUCUGUGACGAAAUCGCCUUCUCUGCUUGCGCAUAUCCUUACCUACCUCAAUGCAUACAAGGCCUCGUUCGCGCGACCGAUUGACUCGAGAUAUGAUAUUGUGCUACUAGGUGGAGCUUUAGGGAGCUUAUUCUCACUCCUCCAAGCAAUCGCCUCACCCAUCAUCGGCACCCUCUCGGACCGCUACGGCCGCCGUACCGCCCUCCUCUUCAGCAUGGCGGGCAACAUCCUCAGCGUCCUGCUCUGGUUCCUCGCCUCCGACUUCCGCACCUUCCUACUAUCCCGCAUCGUCGGCGGGCUGUCCGAAGGUAACGUCCAGCUGGCCAUCGCCAUCGCGACCGAUAUCUCGGACGAGAAGCAGCGCGGCUCCACGAUGGCGCUGGUGGGUAUAUGUUUCAGCAUCAGCUUUACAUUCGGGCCCGCGCUGGGGGCGUGGCUUAGUACGAUUAGUUCCGUCAAGGCGAAUCCGUUUGCGACUGCGGCGGGGUUUAGUUUGUUCUUGAUCGUCACCGAGACCGUGUAUCUGUAUCUGUGUCUGCCCGAGACGCUGCCGAGUAAGGUUGCGGAGGCGAAGGCGAGGGGUGUCCCGGCGGCGACGAAUGGGGCUACGAAGCCGACGACGAGGUCGCAGACCCAGGCUAAGAUGGUUUCGUCUGAGUCGGCUACUAUCCCGGGGAAGAAAUAUGUUCGCACGAACUCGCAUUUCUUGCUUAAUCUCACGCAUCUGGGUUUCAUCCUAUUCUUUUCUGGCAUGGAAUUCUCGCUCCCGUUCAUGACAUACGAUUUAUUCGGAUACAACUCCGCGCGAAAUGGGAGAUUGCUAGGAUUCAUGGGUCUCGUAGCCUCUCUGCUGCAAGGCGGCGUAACGCGACGGCUCCCACCCCUCCUUUCUGUUAGGAUCGGUGUGGUUUCUUGUCUCCUAGCCCUCUUCCUGCUGGCGAAGAUCAACACAGUAGGAGGCCUCUACGCAGCAAGCACCCUCCUCGCCGUCACAACUGCAACAGUCGUCACGGGCCUGAAUGCACUAAGUAGUUUCGAAGCCGGAGAAGAUGAGCGGGGUGGUAAGCUCGGUAAUCUCCGCAGUUGGGGCCAGUUGGGCAGAGGUAUCGGUCCGUUGCUGUUCACGAGCGUGUAUUGGUGGGCGGGCCGCGAAUUCGCGUACACGUGUGGUGGGAUGGGUGUCCUGGCUGUGAGUAUGGUUGUUUUCUUCGGGUUGAAGACGCCGAGGGGGUUGGAGGGGAAGAGGGUUGGGGAUGUUAAGGGGACGGGGGAGGUUGAGCUGUGAGUAGGAGGGGUGUUUAUUGUACAAUGGUAGCGUUUGGGUUUUUGUAUUGAUUAUGGGCUGGGUAUAAAUGAAUGGACUGGAUGGUUGGGCUGGGUUGCGUUGGGUUGGGGCGGUGGGGUGUUUUGUAUAUAUUUGUAAGGGGAAGGGAGG